GCGGGCGCCGUUAGGGACACGCAGCUCCCACAAACUCAGUGUGUGCCUCAGUUUUUCAUUUACUUUGAGUCCGAGAGUGCAGCAUGCCGAUGACACAAAACUACCGCAUGUGCCUCACCGAAGCCCGGAAGCGCAACGUGUACAUUGUCGCCCGCCUCCUCAACGACAGUGCGUCCAAGACCAGCAAGCUGCCGGCGACCAAGCUCUCGGCCAAGCUACCGCUGGUCGCGUACAAGAUGGAGCACCGCAUCAACGAAGUCGCGCGCGGUCGCACCCUCGACGAAAAGACCAUCAAGGUGCUCCUCUUGCACUUGAUCCAGCAAGCCCACCGCCGCCGGCGCCAGCAGCACCAGCUCCAGCAGCAAUUCGCACAACAGCAACAGCAGCAGCAACAGCAAGUACCGCAGCCGCAGAGCGCGUCGACAGCAGCCGUGGCUGCUGCCGUCUGAGCACCACGCUGCGCGUAUUUAUAAAAUGUUUCAAGUCGCGACCCAGAGGAAGGUCCCGCCGACGCGUGUUGGGUCUGUCACGAAAUACCCCACGCGAUUAAACUCAGUAGUUAAAACACUAAAAUGACAUACACUUUGAACCCAA